GUUUGCUCUUCAGUGAGUUCAUAGUGACAUCAGAGGUGGGCUGAACGGCUAAGUCUAGUGCGUGUUUGUUUAAGAAAAGGAAAACUGUCCAAGCGUACUGUAUAUGGAAUCUGGGUCAGCUGUAGCUGGUUAGUGCAUUUCUGCAUGCGACAGUAAGACACAGCAGCUUCAAACACACUACUAUCCCUUUUUCUGGAAUAGAAUACACUGGAACUUCAGUUAUGUUUCUUAGAGAGAUUUAGUUAGAUUGAUUUUUUUAUUCUAUUAAAUCUGCAGGAAGACUAUCAAUUCUUUAAUACAGUUUGGAUCUAACAGGGCAAGAAAAAAAGUUUUCACUAGAACUACAGAUUAACAAACAAUAACACUGGUAACACAAAGAAGAAAAAACAAGUUGACUUCUGGAUUUUCAAUCUACUGUAGAAGCAAAAAGCAGCAGCAAAAUUUGUUUUUGUCUUCUGAAAGCCAUCACAUUCAUCUUAAAAUGGAGAGAUCUACAUGGACUUUGGGUGUGCUAUUAUUCCUACUACUGUCUAUAGGACACUGCACAGAAAAGUCUAAACUCAAUAAAAUGUCCCCGGAGAGGCACCCUCGUUCAACAGAUGGUGGAGAGGAAGGAAAAAAAUGUGGUUAUACGUUCUUGGUUCCUGAACAAAAAAUAACAGGGCCAAUUUGUGUAAACACCAAAGGAGUAGGAGCAGAUAACAGAAAAGAUGAAAUCACAAGGAUGGACAUAGAGAACCUCAAAGAAGUAUUGUCCAAGCAGAAGCGGGAGAUUGAUAUCUUGCAGCUAGUGGUGGAUGUGGAUGGAAAUAUUGUGAAUGAGGUAAAACUGCUGAGAAAAGAAAGUCGUAACAUGAAUUCCAGAGUCACUCAGCUCUACAUGCAACUCUUGCAUGAGAUAAUCCGAAAGCGUGAUAAUUCACUUGAGCUUUCCCAACUGGAAAACAAAAUCCUCAAUGUUACAACAGAAAUGUUGAAGAUGGCAACACGAUACCGGGAGCUUGAAAUAAAAUAUGCAGCACUAACUGAUCUUGUAAAUAAUCAGUCUGUGAUUAUCUCUUUAUUGGAAGAGCAGUGCUUGCAGAUACUGUCACGACAGGACACCGACGGAUCUCCACCUCUUGUUCAGGUGGUGCCACAGCACAUUCCUAACAGCCAGCACUAUACUCCCAGCCUUUUGGGAGGUAACGAGAUACAGAGGGACCCAAGUUAUCCUAGAGACAGAGACAUAAGGCCACCACCUGAUCCAGCUACUUCUCCUACAAAAAGUCCUUUCAGGAUACCACCGCUAACUUUAAUCAAUGAAGGUCCUUUCAAAGACUGUCAACAAGCCAAAGAAGCUGGGCAUUCCAACAGUGGGAUUUAUAUGAUCAAACCUGAAAACAGCAAUGAACCAGUACAGUUAUGGUGUGAGAACAGUCUGGACCCUGGAGGCUGGGCAGUUAUUCAGAAAAGGACAGAUGGAUCUGUCAAUUUCUUCAGGAAUUGGGACAGUUACAAGAAAGGAUUUGGAAAUGUUGAUGGAGAGUACUGGCUGGGACUAGAAAAUAUUUACAUGCUUACCAAUCAGGACAAUUAUAGGCUAUUGAUUGAACUAGAAGACUGGAGUAAUAAGAAAGUCUAUGCAGAAUACAGCAGUUUUCGCCUGGAGCCUGAAAGUGAAUUCUAUAGGCUGCGUCUGGGAACUUACCAGGGAAAUGCAGGGGAUUCCAUGAUAUGGCACAAUGGAAAACAAUUUACAACACUGGACAGAGAUAGAGAUACAUACACAGGAAAUUGUGCCCAUUUUCACAAAGGAGGCUGGUGGUACAAUGCUUGCGCACAUUCUAACCUUAAUGGAGUGUGGUACAGAGGAGGUCAUUACAGAAGCAAAUAUCAAGAUGGGAUUUUUUGGGCUGAGUACAGAGGAGGUUCUUAUUCCCUGAAAGCAGUUCAGAUGAUGAUCAGACCCAUUGACUGAAAAAAAAAACACCAUACCCCACUAUCUCAAGUGAUCAAAUAUAAAACUUUUCAGUGCUUGAGCUCCAGGGGGGGGAAAAAGUUACAUUUAAACUCUUAUUUUGCACAAUUUAGCCCUGCAAAAUGCAGUGCUACAAGUGUUUUGGGUUUUUGUUUUUUAAACUUUCUCACUGUGAUACAGUAUGUGUUAAAUAUAAAGCUUCUAAUAAUUCACAAAACACACAAGGGUUUAAACAUUUGCAAUAAAUAUUUAUCUUCAUUAAAGCCCUACACAUUUUGCAUUAAUUGCAGCCAUUAAAAUGAUUAAAAUAGUUCUUAGGUUACAGUACAAGUUUCUUCAGAUCAGUUCAACCUUUAAAUGUAAAUAUGUAAAACAAACUAUUUGUCUUAUUUUAAUGUGAAAAUGAAUUCAUUUUCAGUUAUUUAAUAGUUUUUUAAAAACUCAUUAUAAGAUUACUUUCAAUGUAUAUCUGAUCUUACAUUGUUAUUGUUUUAACAUUUACACACACAAUGUGUUUGCACCCCAAAAUAGGAGACAGAAAAUUGGAGAGAAACUCUAGUUUUGCCAGCAGAAAUAUAUUUGGUUGCAAAUAAACAAUAAGAGUAA